ACAUCGCUAUCUAAAGGCGGAUGUACGUCAACUGUCUGGUUCUAUGACGCGAAAUACAGCUCAAAUGGAAAUACAACUCUUGAAGACUGUGUUAAUUUUUAUCACCAUUCUGAAUACACUGGAUGCACUCGAGUCGUCAGUUAAAAUGGACCAAAAGACAACAAAAUGGCAUACUCAAGAAUCGACAACCAGGACUGUUCAUAAUCUAACAAACUUAAUAUACCAAUACUAUCUAGUUUGUGGCUCGGAAUAUAUAUGUGAAAAACAGAACUAUGAUUUCAUCAAAUCCCAUCAGGCUACUUCAGGAUUAGAAUUAUGUCCUCGGUGCAGCUGCGAUAAAGAUUGUGUUCAAAGUGGAACAUGUUGCCCGGAUAUUAUGUUUUCGUUUCCAGAACCGAUUUGUCAAGACAUAUUUAUAAUAAGAAAUACGCCAUUUGGGAAUGAUCAAGGCCAUAUGAUAGUGGAAUGCCAUGAUGAAUCUUCACAUGAGACGAAAGAAAAGUGUUAUCAGAAUUUUACAAGUGCUCAGUUGAUGCAAAAACCACCGGUAACAUCAAAUAAGUAUGCGUUCACGUUUCGUAAUAAGCAUUGUGCUGAAUGUAACGGUGUCUUUAAUUAUUCAAAUUGGGGGAUCGGUAUUUCAUGCGAAACAGUCUCUGAUUUUAAUUUUCUGUCCACAUAUGGAGACAUUAUAGAUCAGGCAAUCGAAGAACAUUGCAAUGUACAGUACGAAGAAGAUGAUGAUUCAAGUAAGCACAGGUGUUUGUCUACCACGCAUAUCCCGAUUUCUUCUGUAACUGAAUGCAAUGUCACAGGCACCUGGCUCACAUACGACAAUGAUAUAGCAAAUGCGUGUCAUUCAAGUUACCACAUUGAAGAUAAAGGAUUCAAAAAUGUGUUUUGUUUGAUGUGUAAUCCACCUCUGCAUAAUACUAACGCCAUAACAUCAUGCAACGUUUCAGGUUCCUGGGAACCAUAUGAUUCAGCAUUGCUGGAUGCGUGUACAAAAGAGGAGGCAACACCAACUACGAUGCCAUAUAAAAAUGUGUUUUGUUUCUUGUGCAACCGGAACAAUACCAGCUACUUCCGGUAUCAAGAUGCCAAUGCCAUCAUUGGAAAGAGAAGUACUUUCUUGUCGUAUAUGUUUAGAGUCCGGAUAUUGGAGCGUGCGCUGGAUUUUUAUUAUUCUAUCUUAGACUCUACCGUUUUCAGUAAUAAAGAUGAUGUGCAUACGUUGUCAAACUACGUUGUAUCCUUCAACAAAACCAAACUUCUUUUGCUUCACUAUGCUAUGUAUGGAACCGAUUCAUACUGUUCUGCGAAAUUCCCUGGAGGGUUCUUCGUAAAUCAGACAUGUCUAUGUGACGAAAGUUGCUUAUUUCGUCACUCAAGGCCCUUUUGUUGUCAUGACUUUCUCCUCAAUAGCACGACAUCGUGUUUGGAGACUUUAAUAUCAGGACCGACUCAUUUCUCCUCGCAUAUUGGCGCGAUUAGCAGAUGCAAUGAGCUUUCCGGAAGUGAUGUCACUGCAAAUAGAUGCAACAGUGCAGAUGUGAACGAUAUAUUUGGUACACUCCCAGUAACAUAUGAUAAUGUUAUUUAUAAAAAUCUUGACUGUUUUCGCUGUAAUCAUCCUACAAAGAAUCUGUCACUAGUUUCUCCGUCGCAUUGGGAAUUUCUUAUUGAAUGUGACUCCUAUCCACAUUAUAAUUACUUUCCUACCGUUCAGGCGAUACUUCAACAAGCAAAGCGAAGAAAUUGCCGCAUUCAGAUCGUCCCAGCGAACACUCAUGAUACUGUGUUCAAAAUGAGCACAAUUUACUGUAACAAAGAAAACAUUGGUAUAUGUAAUGUAACUGGACUUUGGUCAGCAUAUGACUCAGACAUUGCUCAAGCUUGUGAAAAUCUGGACAUAUUUUUACCAUCGCAUGAUAAUUUUAAAAAUGUGUACUGUUACAUUUGUAAUAGUGCUUCACCUUCAUCUUUAGAUAAAACAAAGGGAGCUACGUGUCUAGUAGCAGCAGAAAAUCAGUACUACGGAAAAAACAUAACAACUGCAUGUGCAGCAUUACCGGAAGUACCUGGCUUUGGACUCUAUCGGAAUAUUUUCUGUAAGACCUGCUCUAUUGCAAACGAAAAAAUUGAACCUUUUUAUUGGAUACCGUUUAUACCUACUGCAAGUGGUGAUAGAGAUUUGCCCUUUUCAUUCUGUACGUGAUUUAUUCAUUGUUCAGAGUCCAGCAUUGGCAUUAGCCACAAGAGUGCUAGAAGUAGGAAAUGAAGAGAAUACAAUUUUCAAUAAAGCAAAUAAUAUGAUACACAACUUGACAUGUUUUCCUGGAAAAACACUUGUGGGAAACCAGUGUGAGCCUCUGCUUAAACAUACGGGAAAUCUACUAUACGUGCUGUCAUUUUCGCUGGAAGGUCACUCCUCAACUCCUCCGGAACUUUUGCUGCUCAUAGUGCAAGA